AUGGCCUACAGUCUUGAAACGGAUGGUUUCUUGAAUGCGUUUUUUCGCAUGGUCAACCGGCGAGGACUUCCAGAAGAAAUGAGCUCCGACAACGGAACCAACUUUGUAGGAGCAUGUAACGAACUACGAAGUUUAGUAGCACAGAUCAACCAUGAGAAAGUUCAGAACGCCACAGGCGCGGUCAAAUGGCAUUUUAACCCGGCCCUGGCACCACAUUUCGGUGGCGUCCACGAGACGAUGAUUAAAUCUGCCAAGCGAGCGAUAUACGCAAUACUUCAGAACGCAGACAUCAACGAUGAGGAGCUGUUGACAGCUUUCACCGGAGCUGAAGCGUUGCUCAACUCACGACCACUGACGUAUCAGUCAGCGAAUCCUGCUGACAACACGCCACUAACGCCGAACCACUUCUUGCACGGCAAGUUGGUGGAAAAUUCGCGCCAGAGUCUGUCGACACGACUCCAUUUAACGUGCGAAAACGGUGGCGCCGCGUGCAGGAAUUAG